AUGGCGGAACUCAGGAACUGGAUAGUGAUGUGUCCAGAACUGGCCAAACGGCACCGAUUUAUAACGAGGAGCAACAGAGACUCAUUAAAAUUGACCUCCUACAGACGAAAUCCAGGAACGAGUGUCGUUAUAUCCUGUAUAGCCCCGGAAACACACCGACUGAAUGGCGACGCUUUUGUCACAUGUCUUCAUAACGGACGCUGGAACAAGCCUAUACCUCGCUGUAUCCAUGGUAACGACUGGGGAACUGAAGGACGGUCCUCGGCUAACGAUCUCACUAUUGCAGGUCCGAAAUCACAAAAUGCCGUGUCAUUUGGGAGUAUUUCGCAGGCAGAUGCUCUGCCCUACGUCAUCACAGUUUCCGUUCUAGCCUUAAUGUUCAUCGCACUCAUCGCUGCUAUCGUCUACUUGGCGUAUCUCCGGCGACGACUAGAGACGUCCAUUAAAGAGGCCGAGGCUCGACCUGCGCGUGUCAGAACUGUAGGAAGUAUGACGUCAUUACCAACAACGUCAUCAACAGCCUACGACUUUUCCAUGAAUGUAGAUGGCGCUGCUUACGUUUCAUCUUCCGGAACCAGUUCUCCGACAUAUGGCCCGGAUUUAGAGUACCCUCCCUGGAAUACAUAUCCCCGACUACACCAGUCCCGGUUAAAGUUAGAAACAGAGAGCACAAGUGGAUCAGUACGUUACACAACCGUCUCCGACUACCUCGUGUAUAAAUAA